UGUUUACUGGUGUUUCUGUUUACAUGCAGAAAAAUGGCUGAGUCAAAUAUUUCAGUAGCUCAGGACGAGUUUAGCUGUUCAGUCUGUCUGGAAACACUGAAGGAUCCAGUAACUACAUCAUGUGGACACAGUUUCUGUAUGGUGUGUAUCAAUAAACACUGGGAUAAGGAGGAUGAUAAGGAAACAUACAGCUGUCCACAGUGUAGACAAACCUUCACUCCAAGACCUGUUGUGAGUAAAAACACCAUUCUAGCUGGAGUUGCGGAGAAACUGAAGAAGAAAGAAUCCCAAGUUCCACUUCCUAUUGGACCUGAAGAUGUGGAGUGUGAUUUCUGUACUGGGAGAAAAUACAAAGCUGUUAAAUCCUGUCUGGUGUGUUUGGCCUCUUUUUGUGAAACUCACAUUCAGCCUCACUAUGAAUCUCCUGCUUUUAAGAAGCACAAGCUGGUUAAAGUCUCCAGACGACUCCAGGAGCAGAUCUGCUCUCAGCAUGAUAAACUGCUGGAGGUUUACUGUCGUACUGAUCAGCAGUGUAUCUGCCUGAUGUGCACCAUGGAUGAUCAUAAAGGACAUGAUACAAUAUCAGCUGAAGGAGAAAGAGCUAAGAAACAGAAGCAGCUGCUGGAGAUCCAGAGAAAAUUCCAGGAGAAAAUCCAGAACAGAGAAAAGGAACUUAAUAAACUGAUAAACGCUGUGGAGUCUCACAAAUUUUCUGCAAAGACAUCAGUAAAGAACAUUGAGAGGAUCUGUGCUAAACUAAUGAACUCAAUUAGGAGAAGAUGCUCUGAGGUGAAAGAUUUGAUCAGAGAUCAAAGGAAUGCUGAAGUGAGUGAAGCUGAAAAAGUCGUGAAGCAGUUGGAGGAGGAGAUUGUAGAUCUGAAGAAGAAAGAUGCUGAACUGGAGCAGCUUUCACACACAGAGGAUCCCAUCCAUUUCCUCCAGAGUUUCCAGUCUCUCUCGACUCCUGCUGGAUCUGCAGAAUCACCCACCAUCACAAUCAGUCCUUUCCUCUCAUUUGAUGAAGUUACAGAGUCUGUAUCUCAGCUGAGAGAGAAAGUAGAAGAAUUCUGGAUAUGGCUGUUUGAGAAGAUACAAGAUGAAGUGAAGAAUGUCCGGAUUAUUUCACCUCCUGAACUUGAAAUCAGAGAAGAUUUUCUACAAUAUUUCUGUCGGUUCACACUGGAUCCAAACACAGUAAAUAAAAACCUCCGUCUGUCUGAGGAGAACAAAGUGGUGACCAACAGUGAAACAUUACAGUCGUAUCCUGAUCAUCCAGAUAGAUUUGAUCGUUACUCUCAGGUUCUGUGUAGAGAGAGUGUGAGUGGACGCUGUUACUGGGAAGUUGAGUGUAGUGGGAAUAAUGGGGUUUGUAUAGCAGUGUCAUAUAAAAGCAUCAGCAGGAAGGCACGUGGAUCUGAGUGUUGGUUUGGAUGUAAUGAUCAGUCCUGGAUUUUGUUCUGUUCUCCAUCCAGAUUUUUAUUCCGGCACAAUAACAAAAGAACUGAAAUUCCCAUAAUGCCGAGUUCCUCUAGAAUAGGAGUGUAUGUGGAUUACAGAGCAGGAACUCUGUCCUUCUACAGCGUCUCUGAUACAAUGAAGCUCCUCCACAGAGUUCAGACCACAUUCACUCAGCUCCUCUACCUGGGGUUUUGGGUUGGUUUGGGAACAAAAGUG